UGCGAUGUACAUGUGCACAUGAUAUACCUAUGUAAGAAUGUAUAUAUAAAUAUCUCUUUUCUGUCGAGAGAGAGAGAGCGAACGCUGGAAAUUGAAUAAUUUCUUGUAUAGUUCGCAAUUAUAUUUGCAUUAUAAUGACCGGGAAUGAUGUCAAGCAGGCUCUCAGAAAGCUGGAUUUUCCUUAUUGCGCCAGGGAAGCUCUAUGCAGAAUCGAAAUACUCUGCUGCAGACCCGGCAAGCAAGUCGAUCUGCAAAUGGACUUGAUAUCGGAAUUUGUGUUUGGAGAGAUAGAGAAACGAAAGAAACGUAACAUGACCAUGGCGAUACAAGAAUUGCAGCUGAUAGAGAUUACGAGCGACUUCUUCCAAAGUCCAGGUGGCACGCCAGCGGUACGCAACGCUCUCUUUCUUUCGCUUUUCCCAGCAGACAGUCCCAGGUAUAAGACUGUAGGUAAUCUGGUAUCUUUGGCGAUUGCCACGCAAAACAAAGCAGUCCUGAAUGCAGCUGGCAUCUGGAUGCAGCAAUUGGGCUCCACCUCGCUGCAAAGUGUGGGAUUGGCGAGGCAUAUACUCAACGACUAUUUUGUACUUACACCAAAAUCCAUUGAUAAGCUGAAACAACUACCUGUACUCGCACCGCAUUUCACCGCAAACUUAUUAACAGCGAUAGGUGAAGUUUAUGAAGAUAAAGAUCCGCCUAUGGAGCUGCUCAGAUUGGUAGGCGAAUGGAUCGAUGAGAAUCCAAGUUUACUAUUGACUCCCUUAAUGGACAAUCCAGCAUUGCCCACUGGUGGGAUUCCAAUGACACCGAUAACACCUAUAGCAGGCCUGUUUAGGUGGUGCAUAUUGAGUCCUCUGCGUCAUGACGCCGCGGAGAAUACGGAGGGUCAACAAGAGACGCGAAAAUUUCAUUCAAAGGUUCAACAGUUGCUCAUGGAUUCGGUAUUGCGUCUGAAUAACAGCGGUAGCAACAAACACGCGAUAUCAGCGCAGCAUUUGGCGUCUACUACUCGUUUAUUGACGACGAACUUGCAAAAUCGCGCAAACAUAGACACAGCUUCGCGUGAUUUAGCCAUGGAACGACUCGCGCAAGCCGUCAGUGCGGCCAUGUCUGCGAACUGUAUUUAUGGAAAUAAACAAGAACUAUUGGCACUUUUGCAACCAUUGUCGUAUCAACAUUUUUUAAUCGAAUGGACAUUACAAACUUAUGCAACUAAAGCAGCUUGAGAUACCAUAAUGACAAUGUGUUAUUUCACAGAUAAUUUAAUAAUUACUGUUUGUACAUAAAAAAGAUGCGAUUUUAUUGAACUUAAUUAUAUUAACUACUGUACAAUAAUAUUUAAUUUUUAGCCUAAAAUGGCUU